GUCUCGUCACCGUACAAUUUUCGCAAUGUCUUCAGAGGCUGAUGAGGAGGGCUUGGACCUGUUCCAAGAACCCACGGGUUUUUAUGAACCAGAAAAGCAGGCGACGUUCGCGUCUCAUCAACUGCUUUCCGGUAAGGAGCUCACUGUUCGACUUGUGGGACACAAUCCGUUGUGGGGUCACUUCCUGUGGAAUGCGGGGCGGAUUAUCUCCGCAUAUCUUGAAGAGAGAGCAGGGGAGCUCGUAAAAGGCCGAACAAUACUCGAACUUGGCGCUGGAGCCGGGCUUCCCAGCCUUGUCUGUGCUCUGAAUGGUGCUGCCCAGACAGUUGUCACGGACUACCCAGAUGCCGAAUUGGUUGAAAACCUACGGUACAACAUUGACCAUUGCGAACUUUUGUCUCAGCCGCCCAAAAUUGUAGCAGAGGGCUAUCUUUGGGGUGCAUCUAUCGAAGACUUGACGAAACAUCUGACUGAUAAGUCCGGCUUCGAUGUACUCAUCUUGGCCGAUCUCCUCUUCAACCACUCAGAGCAUGGCAAACUUAUCAAGACUGUGCAACUGACAUUGAAGAAAUCACCGGCAUCGCGAGCCUACGUCUUCUUUACUCCCUAUCGACCAUGGCUUUACGAAAAGGACUUGGCCUUUUUCACUUUGGCCAAAGAGUCUGGUUUCACCGUUACCAAGACAUUUGAGCAUGUCAUGGACAAGGUAAUGUUCGAAGAAGACCCAGGAGAUGAGCUUCUCCGCCGUACUGUCUUUGGCUAUGAGCUGAGUUGGGAGGCGCUGAACUGAUUAACGAAAGAAAUAUAAGGGUCUGAACAACACCUGAAAUUGACAUUCUCGACUGAAUAGCUUUCGUGCAUUCCAAUACAUAUACCCA